AUGGACUUAUUGAAAUAUUUGGGACCUAAACUGAGAGUGUUGAACAUAUACAUUGAGGGUGGGGAGAGGUUUGUAGAGGGGGAUAACGUUAUCCCUCAUGAGAUUUCAGAUGAAGAAUUUGUAGAAGGCUCUCAGGAAGAGGGUCAUGAGGAAGGGAGAGUUGCUCAAGAUGAUGAAGAUAGUGAGGAGGAUAGCGAUUAUGCCCCUUCUUUAGAGGAGUCUGAUGGUGAAGAUAAGGUUGAUGGCUUAGAAGAGGAUGAACUUGCUUCUAGAGAUGAAGAGUAUGUUCAGGCAAUGAGAAAUGUAGCUGCAAAGAGGAAGAUAUUUGAGCUUUUAGAUUAUGAUAUUAGAACUGAACAAGACCUGCAAUAUAUGGGGAAUGUGUUUGAAUAUGAGUCUUCUGAUGGUGAGAUGGACUCUUCUGAAACUAAUGAAGAUCAAAUAGUUGUUAAACCUAAGAUGAAGAAACAUGUGUAUGAUCCGAAGUGUAAUCACAAAGACUUAGAUCUUAAGCUUGGCUUGAGAUUUGAAGAUGGUUGGCAGUGUAGAGAAGCAAUCAAAGCAUGGGCUAUAGAAAAUCAUAAGUUUAUACACUUUAAGCGGGUUGGGAAUAACCAAUGUGAGGCAUUUUGUAGGCCUUUUUGUCCUUGGAAGAUAUAUACUAGUAAGGUCCAGGGUGAUGGAUCAUUCAAGAUCAAGUCUAUCGGGGGUAUACAUAAUUGUCCUAAGGCAAUGAACAAAAAAUUGGUGAGUUCUAAUUUGAUAUCCAGAAGAUAUAUUAAUAUCUUUCGAGUUAGACCACAACUCUCUAUACCUGAGCUAAACGAGGACAUUUGGCAGAGAUACUCAACUAGGGUAGCUAAAGAUAGACUCUAUAGAGCUAGGCAACUAGCAGGAGACAUGGUUAGGGGGACAGUGGCUGAACACUAUGCACUUAUUAGGAGAUAUAUUGCUGAAAAUAGAAGAGUUGACCCUGAGGGUAGGUUCGAGUUGCUACUGGGAGAGAACUAUGUGUUCAAGGGAUUGAAUAUGGGCUACAAUGCUUUACGGAAGGGGUUUAAGGAGGGAUGCAAACCUGUUAUAGGCUUAGAUGGCUGUCAUCUAAAGACAUAUCUUGGGGGAAUUUUACUCUGUGCAGUUGGCAAAGACGGGAAUAACCAAAUGUAUCCUAUCUCCAGGGAAAUUGUAGAAAUUGAAAAUGAGUCGUGUUGGACUUGGUUUCUCAAGUGUCUCUGUGAAGAUUUGGGUAUCUCAGAUGGAAAUGGGUGGACAUUCAUCAUAUCCGAUCAACAAAAGGGUCUUGAGAAUGCUGUGAGCCUUUUGGUUCCACAUAGUGAACACAGGAAUUGUGCUUGCCAUGUGUAUAUGAAUUGGAAAAAAGAACACAAAGGAGCAAUACUCAAGAAUAUAUUUUGGAGAGCAGUGAGGUCAACAUAUGUUCAAGAAUACAAGCUGGCACUUGAAGAGAUGAAAAAAGAGAAUAUUGCAGCUUAUCAGUCCUUCAUUCAACAAGAUGUGAAAAAAUUUUGUAAGAGGAGAUCAAGUCUAAUCUUAUGGUCAGACAGGUUAAGAAACUUAAUUAAUGAUAUUGAGAAGGUCACAAAUGAUGUGUUCUGUCCUGCCAUAAGGAAGAAGUUAGAAAAAGUUAGGUAUGAUAACAGACAUUGUAUGCCAUUACCUGCAUUAGGAGGAAAGUUUGAGAUUCAAGUUGAAGCCGAUAAGUUUGUAGUUAGUGUGGAGGGUAAGAGUUGUACAUGUAGAGUGUGGCAAUUGACAGGUAUUCCUUGCAUACAUGCCAUUUGUGCUAUCCAAUUUAUGGAUUUGGAUCCUGCUGUUUAUGUCAAUGAGUACUACACUGUUGAGAAAUACAAGCCAGAAGUUCCGAGGUUCAUUGUCAAGCCUCCAACUAUUAGAAAAAUGCCAAGCAGACCCAAAACUAAAAGAAAACGUGUUGUUGAUGAAGUUGAUCCCAUCAAUCCAAACAGACUUAAGCGAACUGGAAUGUGUAUGACUUGCAACAAUUGUGGACAACAAGGUCCUAAUUCCAGGGGCAGUAAGAAUAUGACUGUUGUUAGGCCACCACAAGAAAAGGCAAAAGUGGGCAGACCAAGGACAAAACCAUUACCAACUAGAGAAGCUGUUGCCUCCAACAAGGCGAAGAGGGACAGAUCGAAGAAAAAAGCAGCACCAACUCCAGCAAAUAUACCCAAUAUAGGAAGUUCACCACUUCAAAGUCAAGUGACACAUGUCAAAAGGGCUACAACUACAAGGAAUGAAGAUGGUGAAUCUACUUCAAGAUUAGCAACAACACAAGAAAGUGCAGCUGCACAUGAGGGCUAG